CCACCAAUCGCAAAAGCACUUCAUCGUCAUUUUGUACCCAAAAAAAAAAAUACAGAAAGUCUUCUCAUUCAUACUCCGAAAAUGGAAGAACAGCAAAUCUAAAUCCAACCAAUAGGAAACUGAAGACAAGAUCAUCCAGAGGUGUAUCAUGAUUCUAUUGACAAAGAUCGAAUAUUUCUUCUGAUUAUUUGAGGUCGAAUUUUAGAAAAAAUGUUGGCAUUCGUGAAACGCUUUUCAUUGAAGCGAACAAAGCAUCCUCGUGGAUAUGAGGAACCUCAGGUUCUUGCAUCUGAAACUCCAUCAUAUGCAGUUACGGUCAAUGAAAUAGAAGCUUUACACAAUUUAUUCAAGAAGCUAAGUACAUCUAUUAUCAACGAUGGUCUUAUCCACAAGGAAGAGUUUCUUCUGGCUUUGUUCAGAAACAGCAGUAAGCAAAAUCUGUUUGCCGACAGGGUGUUUUAUAUGUUUGAUAGGAAGCGAAACGGUGUGAUCGAGUUUGGUGAAUUCGUUCGUUCACUAAGCAUCUUCCAUCCACACACUCCGGAACAUGAAAAGUCCUCAUUUAUGUUCAAGCUUUAUGACCUUGAUGGUACCGGUUUCAUCCAGCGCCAUGAGUUGAAGAAAAUGGUGGGCGCACUACUUAGCGAAACAGACUUAGGACUAUCGGAAGAAUCCAUUGAAGCAAUCGUCGAACAGACAAUGGUUGAGGUGGAUACGAACAAAGAUGGCAAAAUUGAUGAAGAAGAGUGGAAAGAGCUCGUCGCUAAGAAUCCUUCGAUCCUCAAAAACAUGACUUUACCCUACCUCAAGGAGGUGACUUUAGCAUUCCCAAGUUUCGUUCUUGACUCCGAAGUAGACGACUAAAAGUAGAGAGAAACCUCAUGAACAACGUACCUGCCUGCGUUUCUCCCCAUUUUAUUCUUUCGAGGGCUUUUUAAUCCUUCUUUUGUAUUAACUAUAUAAACUGGUCCGGUAAUACUUGGUACAACGCUCAAAAUGAUUUGCGUUCUUUUCUCUUUA